AUGUACGAUCAAACUCCAGCACAACGACGUAUCACUGAUUCAUUUCGACCAGAUAUUAGAUCGAAUAGUUUUCCACGACUGCGAUCGGAUAUGAAUAUUGCAAGUGGAAUACCAAAAUUUUUUCCAUUGACAGUGAUUCAGCAGGAAGGAAAUCCAUAUGUUCGAGAUGAUACAAUGUUUAUCAAAGUGAUGGUUGAUUUUGAUGACAUCCCUAAAACGCUUCUACCUUACGCUUUGAGUCUCAAUCCAGGCCUACCAACACAUGUUUAA